AUGGCAGAAUUGACCUCAAUUACUUUGCCACAGUCGGUUCCAUUCCCAGUGACAAUAUCAUCCAUUUUAUGUAGGCAAGGAGAAACUGUUCCUAAGCACCAAACAUUAUUCAAAUAUAAAUACUGGGAUUAUCAAGAUGACCCUAAUUCAAAAGAGGAAACGCCGCCCAAGAUUCGUGUGGAACGUAUUGGAACUUAUGAAAGCCCAAUUGAGGGAGAGGUGAAUAGUAUCAAUGUAUGUUUGAGUGAUGAAAUUGCUCACAGUGGCGUCGAAUUAUGUUUUAUUAAAGAGCCUUGUGCUCAUGCCGUCCAAUACGGAGGCCUAUGUGCAUUGUGCGGCAAAGCAGUCGAGGAUGAGAAGGAUUAUUCGGGAUAUAAUUACGAAGACAGGGCAACCAUUUCUAUGUCUCACGAUAAUACAGGAUUGAAAAUAAGUCUCGACGAAGCAACAAAGAUUGAACAUAAUACAACUGAUAGACUAAGUCGCGAGAAAAAGUUGAUCUUGGUCGUCGAUUUGGACCAAACUGUUAUUCAUGCGACUGUAGAUCCGACGGUAGGGGAGUGGCAACUGGACCCAUCUAACCCAAACUAUCCAGCCGUGAAAAACGUCAGAAGUUUCUGUUUGGAGGAAGACCCAAUUGCUCCCCCAGGAUGGACGGGGCCAAAAUUGCCACCAUCAAAGUGUUGGUAUUAUGUUAAAUUAAGGCCUGGGUUAGAGGAAUUUUUACGACUGGCAUCAGAUCUCUAUGAAAUGCAUAUAUAUACGAUGGCUACUAGGAAUUACGCUUUGGCUAUUGCAAAAAUUAUUGAUCCAGAAGGAGAAUACUUUGGUGACAGAAUAUUGAGUCGUGAUGAAAGUGGAUCAUUGACACAUAAGAAUUUGAAGAGACUUUUUCCAGUUGAUCAAUCUAUGGUUGUAAUCAUCGAUGACAGAGGCGAUGUAUGGCAAUGGGAAAAUAAUUUAAUUAAAGUAGUACCAUAUGACUUCUUUGUUGGAAUUGGUGAUAUUAAUUCUAGCUUUUUGCCUAAGAAGUUUGGCCAACUAACUGGCCCAACUAAGAAAAGAAAAUCAAUUGCAAAGUUAGAAGCGCUUGAAAACGAAAAAAAUUCCACCGAUGAUGAAGAAUCUGAAGCAAAUGAAAACGAUAAAGAGGCUAGUGAAGAGGACGAUAACCCGAGCCAGGAGAAUGACACUCCAUCUUCAUCACCUGUGGAUAGAAUAUUAGAAAUGGGAGGAGGAGAAGAUAAUGCAAGUUUACUUAUGGAACAAUCUAUAAGUAGAAAUAUGUCUUUGGAACAACAACAACAUGACAGACCUUUAGCAAAGUUACAACAUGAUUUGGACAAAAUCCAUGAACAUGAUUCUCAUUCUCCAUCUGGUUCAAGUUCACCUGAAGAAAGUGAUGGUGAUAAAAAAGAAGAAGAGGAUGAGGAGGAAGAUAAUUUAUUGUACGACGAUGAUAAUGAGUUAUACUCGUUGAAGAAGGCGUUAGUGAGAAUUCAUUCAGAAUAUUACAAAAUAUUGGCUGCAAACAAAAUAAAAAGUCCACAUUUAAAGCCCGAUUUAACACAUAUUAUUCCAUUUUUAAAGAGCAAAUGUUUAGAAGGCAUCACAAUUCUAUUUUCUGGUAUUUUGCCAUUAGGUAUAAAUUUAGAUACGGCCGAUAUUGUCAUUUGGUGUAAGCAAUUUGGUGUCAAGGUAGUGAACGAAGUAUAUCCUGAGGUGACACAUGUGGUAUGUAGGGAUCCAAAUGCAAAUUCAUUUAAGUCUGGCCCAACGUUCAAGGUUAGGGUUGCAAAGAAGAUCUUACCAAACGUGAAGAUAGUGAACCCAGAUUGGCUAUUUGCUUGCUUGAGUGCCUGGGGAAAGGUGGAUGAAACAGAUUACUUAGUUGAAAGCGAAGAAGAUAAUUGGUACCUAGAAGACAAGGAUCUCAAAAAAUACCAAAAGGGAUUAGAAUCUCAAAAGCAGAAACAAAUCAAUACAAUUGAAAGCAGACCCAGGUUUGAUUCUAUCGGUUCCGUAGAAGAAUAUGAUUUGGACAAUGCGAAUCAAGAGGUUGAUGAUUUCUUGGCAGGAAUAAGUGAAGAUGACAAUUCAGAAAAGGAUGAUGAUGAUAACGACAAUGACGACGACAAUAACGACAAUGAAGACACCGACAACGACAAGGCUGAAGUUAGCAAACCGUUCGAUUCAUUUAUUAAAGAUGCAUACAAGGUUAAUAAAAAGAGAAGUCUAGAGGCUGACGAAGACAUAAUCUUGCAACAAGAAGUUACAUCUAAGAAACAAAAGACACAACAAGCCGAACCAGAGAGCGAGGUGGACUUGGACGAACUCGAAAAGGAACUUUUGGAUGGCUUCGACGACAUGGAAGAGGCCAAUGUAUGA